UUUGCGACUUCCACUGCCAGACUCGCAUCGACGCGUAUCACAGGCGCAGGUCGAUAUGUCUGCGAGUAUGACCGCAUAGUGCAAGUGUCGAGGGCCAGACAGCCUUAUUCGUCGCUGUCUUUGAUUCGAACCGCCGACCCGACGGCGCGUGCACAAAAUAUAUUCCUUACACCUCUGCUCUUACUCUCUUCACCGCGACCUCCGUUAAUUGUCACCCUCAUCCAAGCCCCACGGGAGAUGCUGGCAUGUCUUUCUUCGGCUUCGAAACCUCGGACUUAGAAAAGGAGAAACAAGAGUUUCUCGAAAAGGGCGCUGCGAACGACGAAAAGAUUGAUGUCUAUACGUGGGGGGAAGAGAGCUAUGACGGCCUUGGCGACGCGCUCCAGGAGGGCGGCGAUGAGCUCAACGACGAGACGUUUGGCGGGGCUGGCGCUGUAGGCAAGGACUUUGAUUUUGGCUCGACCGCUCUCCCGGGGGACGAGGAGCGCCAGCAGAUCUCCCAGGCACAGGCGCAGACGCGCGGGACGCCCAAAGAGCUCGCCCAACCGCGCUCCUCGGGAUUCACGCCCAAGCCCAUAGCCCCUCGUGAGCCCCUUCUGUCAGUCGCAUUCGCUGUAUCGAGCCUGAUCAACGGCCAGCCCUGCAAUCUGCACCAUCGCUCGAGUCGAUAUGGGACCGCAAGCCCUCCGCGCAGCCCCAGGCGCCCAU